AUGCACAUUCUCAUACAAAAGGUGAGCUAAUUUAUACGAUAUAAAUUAUUUUUGUAAUAAAUAAAAAUAUCGUUCUAACAAAAAUUAGGUAAUAACUAAUAUAAUAAAAUACUGUGUUAUAUUCAUAAGCACAUAUUGAAACGUUUUAAUAUUGAAUAUACCUAAUAAUAUGGACAUAUGGUUUAUUAUCAUUUAGUUUAACAAUUUUUUGGUUGGCGAUUUAGUUUGUUCUUUAAAGAUAUCUACAGUUUUGCCGAUUUUCAUUAUAUUUUAAUAGUUAUUUACAAAAUCGUAACACGGUGAAAUUUAAUAAAGAAAACCAGCUACUUUUAUAAAAUAGUUGUUCGUUAUUUUGUUAUUAGUCUGAAAAUAAUUUGGUAGGUAUCUUAUAUAGAUUUCAACUGUUCAACAUUUAUUUUCAUAGUCCCAGGGAAUUCAAUUUAGUGUAUAAUUGUCAUUACAAACAAGUUCAAUGUUGAAAAUACUAUGCAUAUAUUUAUGCAAUUAAGACCAAAAAAGACGUCCUAGGAUAAUGGAAACGGGUGCAGCCGCUGUUAUAGGUAAUUUAAUGUAUAUCUGUAAGCAACAAUAAACCAUUGCUCAUAAAAAAACGAUUUUGAGCACAUUUCAGUUUAUAAUGAUGCUUUGUCAAUAAUAUAUAUGUUAUAUUAUAAUAAAAUAAGUAAAUAGGCAUUAUAUAUUUUCUUUAAUAAUAUUUGUUUCAAUUGUAUCGAUUUUUCCCAUUUAUUAGGAAAACUCCCAGUAAAAUCGAAAAAUUACCUCUUUAAAGUACCUUCCCAGUCAGAUUUCCGUUCAGAAAAAGUGCUAUCAUUUUAAAUCAGAGCAAAAUUGAUGGUAGAAGAGUUUUACACAGAAAAAAAGGCCAUCAUAUUUUUUUACUAAUACCUGAUUUUCGUACAUUUUCCGUUUUUCUAACAUUUUAUCCCGGUUUUUCUCAGAUAUUAUGAAAACCACUUAAAAAAUCAAAAAAUGAUCUCCUUAAAUUACCAUGGAGAUAAAAUUUCCUUUCAGAAAAUAAGCUACAUAUGAUACGCAUGGGCAAAAUUUCUGGUAGAAAAGUUUUUACAACAAAUUGAGGGGUAUUUUGUGAUUAAAGUAGUCCGAAGGAGCGAUGGCUUGGGUUUCUCUAGGUAUGUCCAAAAUGCAUUUGUUUUUUUUUUGUUUGGGUAAAAGAGAAAAAAAUGCAAAACAUUUUUUUUUGACACAAUGGUUUGAACUCGGAACCCCUAAGACGAUAACAGGCAUAAAUAAUCAUUAGGUCACAAUAAAUAUGUUUUAAUAAUGACAAUAUAGAGUUAUUUAACAUAGCAUAUAAAAUCCGAGUAAUAUUAGAACUUCAAAAAGUUAUAAUUUCAAAACUUAUAGUCAGUCCGCUUAAUUCUGACUUCAUCAUCGUUCUUAAAUUGGCAAUGUAUAUAUACAUAUGUUCAAAAAAAAAAAAUUUAAAAAUUAUAAUUGUUAUACAUAAUUUUUUUCUAAAACGAUUUUCGUCAAAAUAUGAUAUAGAAAUUCCCUUAUAAAAAGAAAAUACCACACCACUCAAUUUUAUUUUUAUUGUUUUUACUACAGAGUAAGACUUUUUAUAAACUUCCUAUUAAAUUUUGUUACAUUUCUGUUCAAGUCUUACAAUUUUACCACAGAGUACCUACCGAAUAUAUAUUAUGCACAAAACUUGCAAAAUUAAAACGUCUAUAAAUAGCACAAAAUAAAUUCCCGUUUUUCUUACGUUUUAUCCUGGUUUUUCCCGGAUAUUAUGAAAACCGCUUGAAAAAUCAAAAAAUGACCUUCCAAAAGUACCAUCUGGGCAACAUUCCCUUUCAGAAAUGCCGAACAUAUAUAACUGAGCAAGAUUUCUGGUAGUUUUUUUUGUACACAGUAUAAAAAAAAAAUAUCAUCUUAGUAAACCAAAUACAAUCUUCGCUACACUCAGAAUCUAAAAUAAAGAAAAAAUAUUAUAAUUAAAAAAAAUAUAUCAAAAAUUGACUUAAGGCUUUCUCCCUGUGAUCAAAGAAUACGUUUGAAAACAAUUUUUUUUUUUAAAUACUGGGGACGGUUGCGGCCAUUAUUGUAGGUGGGUAGCUAGAAAUCCUAUCCAUAAAUUUAUUUAAUUUAUACCUAUAACUAACGAUAUACCAUUGUUAACGAAAAAUAAUUCGGAGCGAAGUUUGGUUAUACAUGUUUAGAAAUUCUAUAAUACUUACGAUUUUUGUCAAUAUUUGAUACUUAUUAAAACUCUUAUUAAAAAAAAAGAUACAAUACGCUCAAUUCUUUUUUUUCUUACCACUUUGUACAUUUAUAAUGUAACCACCUGUUUAAAUUGCAUGUAUUUUCGUUUAGUUUAAUAAUUUUAUCCACAAAGUUCCUACCAAAUUAUGUAAUUAUGUAAAAACACGCAAAAUUAAAACGUCUAUAAAUAGCUCAAAAGUGACUUGAAAUUUUUUUAAAUUCUACCACGUCUAGAAAAAACAAAUAUAAAGUCUUUACAGAUAUUUUAAACUGUAUUACAACGAAAAACAAAAUUGAAAAUAAUAAUAAAAACAUUAUUUUAGUAAAUUUGUCCGUUCUUACUGCGUUUUUUUUCGAUUCUGUUCAAUUAUUAAAAAAACUACAGGAAAAAUUAAAAAAAUACUCUCUCACUCACCGACUAGAUUAAAAAUUCAACAAUUAUGAUUUCUUGUCAAAUAUAGUUUGCAAAAGUUAUAAAAACAAUGAAAUCGGUAACGCUGUAGCGCGCAGAAUAUAUAUUUACCAUCUAACCUACCUACAAUUUUUUUUCAAUUUUUUCCAAUUAUUAUAAAAACCCCUUGGAAUAUCAAAAAACAAUAUACUCAAUUCACCAACUAGAUAAAAUAUUUUUUCAGAAAAAGUGCUUCUCUUGAUACAUCGGAGAGCAAGUAAAAAAGUAACUCAAACAAAAAAAAAACCGUCAUAGUAAAACCAAUAGAUCCCUCGUUACAAAUCAAGUUUUUACGUAUGUCUAAAGUGAAUUGAAUACUAUUGGAAAUACACAGGUUUGCAGGUAUAUUGCCCGUUAGAUUGACAGAAACAGACAAUGUACGUUCAACUCUCUCUUAAUAUUAUUUUAACUAGGAGCCUAUAGGUAUAUAAUAUUAUUAGGUUUAGUCAAGAAAAAUAGUAUUUUAGUAAAAUAUAACAUUGUAACAAAUUCCGUCGUGAACAGUGGAAUAUUAUCAAAUAUUUUUCAAUUGGUGAUGAUGGGCUUAAUAUUGUAAAUGGAAAUUGUACGUAAUAAUACAAGCAAAAUAUAUCUACAUCGAUUAUAUUAUAAAGCCUUUUGCUUGAGAUUAUUUUAAAAAAUACAUUAUUAUUGUGUAGUAUGUAUGAGUACAUGUUGUACCUACAUACUAUUACAUUUGAAAUAAUAUAAGGAUAUAAAUUAAAUUGCCUAUUUGUUUAAUGUUAUUAUUGUAAUAAAUUAUUGUGGAUGAUAUCUAUAAUAUAUAUUAUUAUUAUUUUUGUGUAAUGUGCCUACGAAAAUAAAUAGUAGUUUUAAACGCGAGAUCUGAAAUUGUAUGAAAAACCAAAUGAGCUCUUGUAAUCCGCUCACCAGCCUCUGAAAUCAUACAUUAGGUAGUUAGCUAUAUAGUAUAUCCAACGAAAAUUAAACAAUAUUAUCAUCGUUCAUCAUGAUGUUUAUAAAAACAUUAUGUAUCUCAAGUGCUUGAUUACAAGCACCUCGAUGGAUGGAUAUGUAUAAUGAACAAGUUAAUGUGUAUUAAACGAGUAGAUACAAAUUACAUUACCUAUCGUUUAUAAUAUAACUAUAUAACAAUCAUAAGAUAUAAUUAUUAUAUCUUGAAGAAUAACUAUAGGCUUACGCCAGUCAAUACCGCGGUUAAAAACGAUAUGUAGUAUCUAUUCAUGGACACAUACAGUACUUUACCUACAUCAUUGUAAUUUGUAUUUGUAUACAUAGGUAUAUAUCACAAUUAUUAUUCUGAAGUCUAAACCAGUGUUUCUGAACCUUUUUACUAUCGCGACUUCCUAAAUAAAUAUUACAUUUUUUAACAUCCUUAAAUAUUUAUAUUUUAUGCACGGCCAGUGGCGUACUUAACUAUCUCUUAAGAGGGGGGCAGCGAAACAUAUUUUAUCCCAUUCUUAAAAAUUUUAAAAAUAUAAUAACGCACACAUAUUGUCAUAUAUAAUUAUACGACCCACGGGGAGCGAAUGACCCUUUCGUCCUCCCACAAUUGCGCCACUGUACACGGUGACCCAAUAUUUUUGGUGACCCUAAAUAAUUAGUUGAUGACCCCCAAAGGGGUCAUUGUGUCCCCAGGUUGAGAAGCACUGGUUCAGACUACCCGACUCUUGAUAGACAACAUUUAUAUAGGUACUGCUGUAUGGUACUAUUUUCUUCAACUGGCAAAGUAUAGAGUGUUCCAUUUAUGUGUUUACACUUGAUAUUUAAAACUUUUUUUUUGACUUUUAUCAAUAAUUUUUUUUGGAAAAUUGUAUAGCUACUUCUUUCUUAAAUUUAAUUAAGUUAAUUAAGCCAGUAACAUUAAACAAUUGUAUUUCUAGUACCUAUAGGUAUAAUAUUAAUAAGUAGGUAAAUUUUAUUUACUUAAGUCUAAGUAUUUUAUAGAUAGCUAUAGAUCUGCUCCAUUUUUUUUGUAUUUUUUCUCGUUAUAAACAAGAUGAUUUGUAUUUUAAUAUGGUAUCAAUAAACUAAAAUGCCUACAUUUAAACGUUGAAUUUUCUAAAUAAGUGCAUACCUACAUAAAAAAAUUAAUUAAGUUUAUCCAUAUUGCAUGUAUAAUGUAUGUGUAGUUACUAAUUACAGUCUACAGGGCAAAUAUAUAUAUAUAUAUAUAUGUAAAUAUGUAUACAAUAUAUUAGCCAAUAUUUUCAGUGUUUAAUAUUCACCACGAAAUAAAAAUGUAAUUUGUUACUUUAAUAAGAUAAUGCUAUGUGCUGAUGUCCAUCAAUAAAUAUGUUCUUAUACUUACAAAGAUACAUAUCUAAACGACGUGUAUUUAAAUCUAAUUCCUUAGUGUUUAUACAUUAUGUUUAAUAAAAAAUAAUGUUUACAAUAGGUUAUGGAUCUAAACGAAUCAAAUACGUGGAAUUUUAUUUUUAUGUUGUUGUUGGCUAUUUUGGUUAUAAUUAUGAUAGUAAAGUUUAAAAACAGAAGAACAACAAUAUUAGCCAAUAAAAUACCCGGUCCUGAUGGAUUGUUUCUUGUUGGUAUUUUACCUGUUGUGAUACAAGGUCCAGAAAAAUUUCUCACGAAUUGUUCAAAACUAUACCGCAUGUGAGUUGUAACACUAUUGAUUAUGUACAGUAAAUAAAUCUAUAACGUAUAAUAUACUUAAUUUAAAUUUGCUCUACAACGAAAACUGAUUAGGUAAUUUAGUAUCCAUAAUGCACUAAAACUAUAUAUUAUUUAUUCGACGUGAUUUCAUAAUUAUUAAUAAAAUUAACAUUUUGUAUAAGUAAUGAUUAUAAAAAUAAUUCCAGGUACGAGAAGUCUUUGUUUAAAGUUUGGCUCUUUGAUCGUCUAUUGAUUGUGCUGACACAACCCGAAGAUAUUGAAUUUGUUUUUACCAACCCAAAAUUACAAAAAAAAUCAAAGGAAUACUCAAUUCUACGAGAAUCCAUCAUGGGCCAAGGAAUAUUUACAAACGAUGACAUUCAGAAAUGGAAGAAUAACAGGUAGAUAAUCGUCGUACUGAGCUAUACACAUUUUAAUUGUACCUAUCUAUAGUUAUAAAAUAAUUCGAAGAUAUAAACGAACAAAUGGACCGCGCGGUAGGUAUACGUUUAAGGGGUUUAACGUUUUCCGCGUAAGUUUAUUGUACUCAACAAUUAUGUAUUUUAUUCGUUUAAAUUAAAACAUACCUAUAUAAUAGUAUAAAAAGAGGUACGCACCUAUAAUAACAUGUUAAGUAUAUAAUAUGUAUGUAUGCAUGUAUUGUAAUUAUUAUUUUAGAAAAAUGGUAUCUGGAGGUCUAAGUUUUUCGAUGAUUAAAUCGUUUAUACCAAUAUUUUAUGAAGAGGCGAAUGUCCUUAGCGAAAUACUGAACAAAAAAUGCGAUUUAAAAUCGAAGGAGUGUGAUAUAAGUAUUCCAGUAAGUAUGGCUACAAUGGAAAUGAUCGGGAAAACAGCGUUAGAUGUAACAUUCAACGCUCAAAAUAACAGCCGUCAUCGAUUCAUUGAUAAUUUACAAACGACCUUACAAGUAAGAUAAUUUUUCUCCCUAAUAAUAUUCCUACAUCCAGUGGUGGAUACAGAAAAUGGCGAAGAGCCACCUUCACCCCUCCUACCACUCUUCAAUAAACUCUUAGCAUAAUUCAUCAUUGUGCUCAUCAUAAAUGUGAGCCUUAUAUGAAUUUUAAAAAUUCCCUCUUUCGUUACUUUGUCUUAAAUCCGCCUCUACCUAUACAGAAUGAUUCACUAAUUACACUCACCCCAUUUUUGUGAUUACAUUUUGCAUUUAUUCAAAUUCUGGAUUUGAAAUAUUUAAGUGUAUGUUAAAGCCAAUAUUUUUGAAUACUUAGAUUUUUCACAAUAUUUAAAGAGUGUCCUGUUGCGAUAUCAACUUUGGUGUUUUAAAUGAAAACCUAUAUUAAAAAUUCUAUAAAUAGACGGAGUAUUACUCUAAAUAAAUUUUGGUGUUAAAAUUUUUAAUUUCUGUCAAUUCUUUGACGAGAUAUUUCACUUUUAGAUCAGGUGGGGAGAGAGUAUAGUGUAGUAUCAUUUGCAUGUGCGACGGCACGGUAUGUGGCAUUUUAUUAGUGCUCAACUAAUCUCCUCCUACUUGAACUAAACUUAAACAUUCUAAAAAUUAGAAUUUGAAUAGAUGCAAAAUGUAACCAUAAAAAUGGGGUGAACGCGCCAAAUAAAUUAUACGCUGUACAUAAAAAUAAAUAUGCUUUUAUACUCAAUUAAUUAAUAAUUUAUGUAGACGUGGGAAUAUAGAAUUACACAUCCAUGGUAUUUGAGUAAAACAUUAUUCAAAUGGUCAAAAGUCAGUCAAAAACAUGACCAAAGUCAGCAAAUCAUAAAUGAAUUCACUGAUGAAAUAAUUAAUGAAAAGUUUUCCAAGUUAAAUCAAAAUACAGAAGGCAAUCAUAAGAGAAAUUUAGAAACGGACGACGAAGUCAUUGGCCGAAAAAUGAAAACCGUUAUAGAAAUUCUUCUAGAAAAUUAUCAUGGGAUGUCACACAAACAAAUACGAGAAGAAUUAAUAACAAUUAUGAUUGGUAAAUAUAUGAAAAAAUAUAUGUGUUACGGGUAUAAACUGAAUUUAUAUGCUCUAAAAAUAUACAAAAAUCACUUCAAAUAAACGUCAAAUAAUUCUUUUUUGGCAUGCAAUUAAAGUGCACCCAAUUCUGGCAUGGGUUAAUUUAAAUGGUAUUUUAUUUGCGUUCAUAGAACCGAAAAAUAACGUAAAUAUCUGAUUCCGCAAAUUCGUGUUUAAGUCUCAAAUGAUGAUAACAAAAAUGGUCUCUCUAACAUAUAGGUAUAUCAUGUAGUUAUGAUUCUUUAUACAGUAUUAACACAAUAAUAUUACAGGCCGAAACUUUUCUCAAAUACUCACACUGAAUAGCCAACUUUACCCAAAAUUAUUUUUCAUAUCCGUUAAAAUACACUGCCCUUUGGGUUGUAUACGGUGUCGGAUAAAUCUAUAAGCAAAUUAAGCACUGCUUAAGGCCCUCGAAAAAAUUCGGCCCAUAACAUUUUUUUUUGUAUUGAGAAAAUUUCAAAUCUGUAGAUUUACACACUAAGUCAAUGGUCAGACUAGAUCCGGUUAGGACAUCGGCCGAAUAUUUUUCGUCUGCCAAAUUAUUCGACCGUUUAUCGGGGACAAAAUUUGGCCGACAGAAAUGGUCAGACUACAUUAGGAUUUCGGUUGAAUUCACCAAAAUUAUACAGUACCUAUAUACACAUGUAUUUCUAUAUAACAAAAUAUUUUGUUUUCAUCUGGCACCGGCCGUGUACGACCGAAUUUAUGGGAUGUAAUGUGACAACUGCAAUAAUACCUAAUAUGUGUAAGAAUAAGAUGAUCUAAAUUGAUCUAAAUUAAAUCUGACUAAAAGUUUUCAAAAAGCUAGAAAAAAGAAUUAUGCAUAGAUGAAGAGGAUAGACAAUAGUAAACAGUUGCAACGAUGACUGACUAAUUUUAUAAUAAAUAUACAUAUAUUUUAGUAUUUGCCUAUAAUUCAAAAAUAUAUUUAACACGAUGAUGUAUUAAAUAUUAUUUAUAUUCAUAAUUAAAAUUAUAAAAACGAAAAUUUGUUUUAAUUUGAGUUUAGAAGUACAGUUGAGAUAUAGGACAGCUGUAUACUAUUUGUUUACUUUUUAUGGCCAAUUAGGCCCGUCUGACUUAUUUUCUUAAGGUCCGUAAAGCACUUAAUCCGGUUUCUUAUGUUUAAAUAAAGCUAUUUAGUAUUUAUUAUUUUAAAUGAUAGGUUAGGUUUUAUUUUGUAAUUUUCUAUGUCGUCGAAAAAAAAAAAUAUUUUCGGUUGUACUUGUGUUGUAUUAAUGCAUUUAAACAUCUUUCGACAAUUAUUUUAAAUACGAAUUCGUAAGUUUCGAUCGAUUACCAAUCGAUCAACCAAUAAAAAAAAAAAUGAAUGGAAUAUAAUGUCCAUUUCCAUGCCCAUGUAUGGUGAAAAUUUGUUCAUUAAAUCUUGCCGAAUAUUUAAACGUGCAUCCAUGUAUAUAUUUUCUACUUUGCUCAAGAAGCGUAAAUUUCUUUCACCAGAAAAUACUAUUAAAUUUUUAUUUUUAUCGUCAUGUAACACAAAAUAUUCUCCUUGGACAGUCUUUAUUUCAGCUGUGUCAUUGUACUGAUGAACUUCGUUUAUAUUUGUAGGAUUAAGUGGAAGAACGUUUGUACGAGCUUUAUGUAUGUUUUUACUUAAUCGUUUAAAAUUAGCUACGUUUAAAUUUAAUGAUGCGUCAUUUUGGACAAUUUCUUUAAGUACAACUUUUUUCAGUCUUGUAUAGAGAUCUAAAGCUGUUCGUUUGCAUGCUGUGUUCAUUAUAUGACAACUAAUAUUGGAUCAUAUGAAUCGCGAUUGUGUUCUCCAGCUAAAGAAAUCUUUUUUUGUCGUUGAACCAUAAUUAUAUUUAAAAUUAUUAUAAAGCACCAUAUGGCCUCCUCGUUUACUUUCUAAGAACUCCAUAAAAAAAAAACAAAAAGAAACGUAUGCACUAAUUUUACAAAAAGCGUAGAAACGAAAUUCGUAUCAGUUGCACCAAAUUACUAAACUCUCAUAUUAUAUUGUUAUUUCGAACGAACGAAAUGACUAUAACAAUAAAUACAUAUUACAUAAUUAUACCUAAUCGUGAAUAUUAUCAAUAUUGUUACGACGUGCAUACCAAAUCCGACUGUAAAUAUAGGUAUUCACCAUUUUCCACGUUAUAAAUUUAUAAUAACUCUCUGGGUAAUGCUAAAUGGCUUAAAUAAAAAUGUUGUAUACAUACAGUUAAAAACACGUGAGAAGUGAUGGAAAUAAUUUUGAUAAAUGGUUCCAAAAAUAUUAAACAUAAAACAACGGGCGAAACGAAUGUAUUUAAUUUAGGCGAAAAAAUAAAACGAAUUUAUCAUUUUUGGGCAAACAGAGAACGUGGACGAAAAGAGACCUGCCCCUAUAUACAGAAUGUAGCACGAAAAUUUGUCAUCUGAAAUAACUCUGUUAAAUAUUUUUAAGUUUUUUUUUAUAUUGUAAUAAUUAUUACUAGAGUUCUGCUCGAUAUGAUUCCUCUAUUUUAUACAUUUUUAGUUGUAUCACAACCUAACCUGACCCACUCACUUAAUUUUCUCGGCAUGAUCAUCAAUAUUUAAAAAUCCGCACAACCGUUAAAGCUUUAUAAGGGGAAGAUAUAAUUCCUACAUAAAUAAUAAUAUAAACGUUUUAAAUUUUAAAUUUUGCCUUUGAAAUAUUCGUUUAUGUUAUUUAAAACGUGCGGUUUUUAACUAUCCCGCAAAAUAAGACUAAAAAAAAAAAUAAGAGAUUAUACUGGGGAUAGAUGUGCUACUGUUGUAGGUGAAAGUUGGGAAGGUAAGAUUCUUGGUUAUUUCAUUUAUCUGUAAGCAACCAUAAACCAAUGGUAACGAAAAAUGAUUCAGAUAGAAGUUCGGUUACAGUUAUGUUUCGAAAGACCGUAAUAUUUACGAUUUUCGUCAAAAUUUGAUAUGAAAAUUUAAUAAAAAAAAAAAUACUCCAUUACUCUCAAUUUUUCUAUUUUUUAACUUAUUUUUAAUUAUAACUUAUAAUGAACCUCUUCUUAAAUUUUCAAACAUUUCUGUUUAGUAUCUACCAAAACAAAUUACGUGAAAAACUUGCAAAAUUAAAAUUUUUAUAAUUAGCUUAAAAAUGCUUAAAUGUUUUGAAAAUUUUACCACGUUUAAAAAAAACAAUAGUACAUUUUCUGUCAAAAUUUCAAGUCACUAUGAAUAUUGUCAUCUAUAAUAAAAUAAAUAUAAUUAAAAAUAAUAAAUACAUUUUUUUCGAAUAUUUGGUCGUUUUUGCUCAAUUAUUAAAAAAAUUAUUGUAAAAAUCAACAAAACGAAUUGAUUACUUAUCAACUAAAUCCAAAAUUUAACAAUAAAGGUCUCUUUUAGUUUUUCUAUCAAAGCAAUUUUUCUGGUAGAAAACAUAGUUUGCAAAAAUUAAAAACAAUGAAAUCGGUAACACUGUGGCGUGCCGUAAAUAUUGGCUGUUUUACUUAUAUUUUUUUUCCAGUUUUUCUCGAUUAUUAUGAAAAACCUUUGGGAAAUUAAAAAAUGACCGCCCCAAUGCAUCAGCUAGAUAAAUUUCAUUUUAGAAAAAAGGGCUACACUUAUUUCAUCGGAGCAAGAGUUCUGGUUGAAAAGUUGCUCGCACACACACACACACACACAAAAUAAUAAUAAUAAAAAAAAAAAAUACACAUCACAGUAAAACCAAUAGAUUCCUCGCUACGCUCCGAAUCAAAUAUAUCUAAUACAUUUCUGGCUAACGGUAAAUAAUAUUAUUUCUAUUACGCUAAUACUAUAGAAGACAAGCGACGGAGACAUAACUAUAGAUAAUAUAAUUUUCUAUGCUUAAAUUAUUUUGUAUAAUAUUAUCUUGCAGGAGGACAAGAAACGACCGCUAUGACGAACGCUUGUACGAUCUUCAUGUUGGCCCAUCACCAAGACGUACAGGACAAGGUACUUUUAAUUAUAAAAUAUUAUAAUAUCGCUGUUUACGUUGUAUCGAUAUCAGUGGGGGGCAGUGGGGCGUUGAAGAAUUUGUCAUGGUAGAGGAUUUCGAUCACUUUUCAAAUAAUGUGCCACGGUGGCCUUUGCCUCCCAUAUCCCCCUACCACUGUAUUUUCAAUACUAUUAUACUAUAAUAGGAAUUCAACCAAAAUUAUCUCGAGGUUCAUAAUUAAAACAAUAUGAACAUAACCAAUAACUUAUAUCCGCAUGCACUAAAUACAAGCAUGAACACAUCGGAUUUCGUAUUAGACACAUUUAACACGACAUUGUAAGUUGUACUUAAUGGUAAUAAUAAAGUUGAGCACAAUUUAGAUGGUUUUAUAUGCGUUAAAAGAUGAAAUUUUGUUUGAAACUUUUGAUUAAUGGUUUUCACAAUUAUCGUCAAUAUAUUUGAACUUAAAAGUACACUUAUAAAAAAAUAUCUAUUAUGUGUAUUAAGUUUUAAUUUUUUUUUACCACAACUUUAAGGACUACUUUGUGUUCAAUUUUCGUAGAUUUUUGAUUGACCAAAAAAAAUAAAGUCUAAUACAAUCGAAAAAUUGAAUGGUUAUGAAUAACUAUAAAAACAUCAUCAGAAUGUUUUUAAAAUGUACUAACUUUUCAACUGCUCAAACUAGAAAAAAUUUGCUAACAGAAACCAGCCCUGAUGUUUAUGUUCGGAACGAGAUUUCUAGUAGUAAAGUUAUUUACAAACAGAAAAAAAACAUAUAUCAUAGUAAAACUAAUAUAUUUCCAACUACGCUCAGAACCUAUAUAAAUUACAUAAAUAAACUAAAAUCGAAUAUAGGGAUUUACAGAAAAAAUUGGUUUUUCAGAUAUAUUCAGAGUAAUUCAAAAUUUAUCUUAUAGCUAUUUUAUUAUGUAAUUAUUCAAAGUAGAAAAAAAUGUACAACAUAAAAAUUUUUCGAUUUAUAAACAAAGUGUAAUUUUUUUUUUGCUUUCUUUUUUGGAAAAGUUUUGGUGAUCAACUUUUAAAAUAUAAAUAAUAAUUUAUAUUCAAAAUUCCACAAAUAGAUGAAGUGUGCAACACGGAAUUAAAAAGUGUGUAGCGGCUAUAUUAUGAUAUUUAUUUGAAGGCAUUCGUUUUUAAUUUAAAAUUUGUUUGCACUUUCAAUAAUUAAGAUUGGAAAAAAAUAAAUACUAAAAUGUAUCUUUAUUAAAAUUUUAAAUAACAAGUCGACUCGUUUAAUAUUGACAGUUAUCACAUAUUAAUAUUUUCAAAGAUGAUGAAAGCACAGAAUAGAUUAAGGUACAUUAAUUAUCGUUGUUUAAUUUAUAGGUAAUAGAUACAUUAAUAAAUAAAGAACUGAAACUGAUCACAUUAUGUGUAAUUAAUGUUUAUAAUAUCCAUGACUAGUGGAUUGUAAUAGUUAUGUAUUUUUUGAAAUUGAUUUGAGUUAAUUUAUAUAUAUAAAAAAUAAAAAACAAAUAUACUAAUUUAGUUCCUUUGAGAAAAUCUAAAAUAACGUCUUUAAGACAAGCACUAUAAAAGUUUAGAAUCCAGUCUUUAAAAAAAAAAAAAAGUGGGCUAUUUGUCCUUAUAUUAUGAUAAAACAUAGAGGUAAAUAUAAGUUGAGAUUAAUUUGCAAGCGGUUACUUUUUCGUUAAUGUGCUGAUCAAAAAUUCUUCCCUCUUUCCGUCCCCUCAAAAUCUGAAAUAAUUCCAUUGCGGGGGAGGGGAUAAUACACCUAUGAUAUAGUAUGGUUUAGUAUAAAGUUUGCAAGACGAUCAAGUAUACAUUUUAGCUUCUGGUUCAUAUUAUACAUUUUUCUCUAUUUUGAACAUUAAUACAUAAUAAAAUGGCUUUAUCAUAAAUUGUUUUGCCCCGUAUAUUAUAUGAUUAUUAUAAUAUAAUAUUCGGUGUUUAGGUGUUCGAGGAAAUACAAACGAUAUUCUCAACUGGCGACCGUGAUAGACCACCCACGUACGAGGACAUGCAACAAAUGACAUAUCUCGAACGAGUGAUCAAAGAAACGCUGCGACUGUUUCCUCCAUUGCCGAUAAUUGCCAGAAAAUUGGAAGAAGAAAUGAAAAUCGGGAAACACUUAUGUCCGGCCGGUAUAUUAUUACGAUAAUAUUAUAAUAUAUACUUAUAAUCCAUACUUUAUACGCAUUGCUCGAAUCGAAAAAAUUUCAAAAUUUUCAAAAUAUUAGCAUCCUUUACAAUGAAUAAAUUCAACCUGACUCGAGUCCCCAACCAAUAUUUCCCACCAAAUUAUUACAAUAUAAUGUAUCAAUAAUAUGAACCAACCAUCACAAUGAAUAUUUGUGAAAACACUCUAGAAAAACAAAUUAAAUAUAUUAAGAGGAUACCAGCGAUUUUUAAAUCCAGCAAAUACAUCUACAGCUUUUACUAAAUCAAUAUUAUUUACUUCUUCUUUUUCAAUAUUUAGCACCAUAAGAUCAUUUAAUCUUUGAUCAUCGCCCAUUGAAAUACGAUUUUACAUUUUUAAACGAUGAAAAAAUCUUUCAUUUUAUGCCAUUGUAAUUGGUACAGUUUUUAUUAAUGCAAUCAUUUUCAAUAUUUCCAUAAUUGACUAUUGACCGUAAAGUCCCUUAUCUAUAUACGUGUUCUAUACGUAUCAGGUAUGUCUAUAUCGUGUAUAAAAUACACGAUACACAUACUGACAGAAAAAUAACAAUAUCUACUGUUAAUAUAAAAAUAUAAUUUAAUUUUAAUUAUAUACAAAAAUGGUACAUUAUUUCAGCACGCCAAUCGGGACUAUUUGAAAUGUAAGGGGCGCGACCGCACACCCUGCUCCCUCAAAUGACGCCCCUACAUUAUUCUUUAGCAAAUCCUUUACCUCUCCGUAUCCAAGACAGGACAUAAGAGCAAUGUUUAAAAGUUCUUACUGGUGUUGGACACAAUUUAUAAACGUAAAAAAGAAAUAUUAGUAGAAUUUAAUGCAUUUCUUUUAAUAGUCACUAAAUUGUUCAUGGAACUAAACGCACGGUCACGCCCACUUGCUGAAAUUGCGAUUGUCUUAAUGGCGAAUUGUCUUAACAGAAGAUUCAGAUUUACUAUUAUUCAAUGUUAUUUUUACAAAAUAACACGUUCCGCUCUCCCGUUUUAAUGAAAAUAAUUUGAGUACAAAAACACGACAUACUGAUUCUAGUCGCGCGCACAUUGUAUUUUAAUACAUUUUUAAAUAAAAAAGUCGAGCUAGCCUAACCUUUCAAUACUGUUAUCACAAUGCGGUAUAAUAAUAACAUUAUUACAUUAUUUACAGUGUAUAGAUUAUAGAUAAGUAAUCACUGUUAGUUUAAUUCUCGUGUAGUGAAGGCACAUAUUAUAGUCUAUAUAUUAUGUAGGUGCCAAAGUGGGCUAUUGAGGAAUUUGUCAUCCUAACCCGGAAUAUUUUUUUUUCUGUUAAAUUAAUGUUUAUUUUCGUAAGUAACAAUAAUAUUUAUUAUUAUUAUUAUUUUAUAAUAUAAUAAUCGAAAAAGUAUUUACCUAUUUUAAUACGAAUAUUCGUUUCCAUAAGGUAUGUAACGUAUAAAUAUUUUUUAACCCUCCCACUCGAAACGUUUAUUACCGGGUACCUAUACGCCACUGCAUUUCGAAAAGCUACCUAUCAGCUACGUUGUUUAUCAAUUUUUAAAAGUAGGUAGGGAGAACAAACAACUCGUAUUAUAUAUUAUUGUGAUUGUCUUUCCUACCAUAAAGGUGAGUUUACACGCUCAGUUAAACGGCAAACGGCGCAAACUAACCGUAUGUGUAAGUGGAAAUCGUAUGUCUGCUCAGUUCAAAAUUUUGGACUGUGCGAGUUCAGGCGAUGCCUGAAAAGAAUUAUGCAGUUACAGAAGUUACACAGUUUUCCCGUGUUUGUAAACGGAUAGCUGUGGGUUUUUAGACAGUUUUAAAAUUGAAUACCUAUAUUCAAGGGAGUCUUUCUGGGUACAGGUGAUGGGGCUUAUCGCCUUGUCCCCGGCUUUUAAUUUUUUCUAUAUUAAUGGGUUUGUUUUUAUCCAAAUGAAAAAAAAAUGUAUGUAUUUUCAAGUUACGUCUCCCCCCCGCCGGAAAAUGGGACCAGAUACACAAUUAGCUGUCUAAACUCACCUAAAGUUUCUAAAGUCAGAUGGUUCACCAGAUAAUUCAUCAAUUAAAUUUAUGUGCGAAAAUGUUUGUCUUUUUAACAGCCAAUUUUUUGAUCACUUCUUUUUAUUUAUUUAUUUUGUUUCAUUUAUUUUAUCUAAUAUUAAUAAUCUUUUUUUAAUAAAACACAGACCGCGAGAAUACAAAACUCUUGUUCAGUAAUAUAGACGACAUUUUUGCUAUAGUGGCAAAUUAAGGCUGAAGAAAAAUAUGUGUUAAUAACUGAACGUGUAAACUUAAAUAAUUUGCAUAAAAAUACCACAAAUUGGUUUGCGUAGUUUAACUGAGGGUAGAUCCGUGCAUUACCUUUUGUCAAGCACGUAUUCUAGAUCAAUUUUCAAGGGGGAGGGGGUUAAAGUAUUUUUAAUACACGAACUUGUAGUUAGUCAUUGUUAUAUUAUAAAUAUACUACUUUAAAAAUUCGGAUGGGAGGCGGUUGGACCCCCCCCCCCAUAUAUACGGGCUCGUCUAUUGUUAUAGGUAAUACGUUUGUGUCGUUUUCAAGGUUCGUCGCUGCUGAUCUCUCCGCUAUACCUGCAGUCGAGUCCGGAGUACUACGCCGAUCCGGACAAGUUCGACCCCGACCAUUUCUUGCCGGACGCGUGUCACGACCGACACCCGUACGCGUUCAUACCGUUCAGCGCGGGAUUCCGGAAUUGUAUAGGCAUCAAAUACGCCAUGGUCCAAAUGAAAACGGUCAUAUCGACGCUGGUGCGAGAGAACAAGUUUUCCCCGUCGGACAGGUGUCCCACGCCGGAACACCUGAGACUAAUGUUUUUAACGACGCUCAAAUUCGUGGACGGCUGUCACGUCAAAAUAGAACGGCGCGGACGUGAUUUACAAUAA